AUGGCGAACUUGAGAAACAAAGAAAAAGAAGAAAUAGUUCGCGAAGUUUUGGGCAUACAGCCGAUACUUAUUGGGUCGUUUUUCACGCUGCUAAUUCUCAGCUGUUUGCUGUUUAGGUAAGCUUAGAAUAGUGUGUAAUAGCGGUGAAAUAAUCCGUAUUUGUUGGUAUUUUGAGCUUUUGAAGUUUUGAGUUAAGUGUUGUCUGCCACGGAACAGUGGAACACUUUGUUUGUGAUAAUGAAUGCCAUGAUUUGAAAGGACCAAAAGAAAAGCAUUGGUUCAAAUGAAGUAGGGACUCAAUUUUGAGAAGAUAUGACAGAUCUGAGAUGUACAAUUGUUAUUUCAAUCGUACUGUCCGAUUUAUUAAGUGAUUCUCAAGUAUGAUUAAUUGAUGCAAAAUAUUGCAUAAUGCUUAUUUUUAGCAAAAUAUUCGAUAAUUCUACGAUGGAUUGGAUACCAGAAUUUUACCCAAAAUUUCGAAAGUUUUUGGACAUUUUGCAUUGUUUGGACAGUCAGGUUGUGAUUAACCCAUUAAGCUGCAGAGCUUCCCCAUUGACGAGUAAAAUCGUCUGGCGGUAGACAAGUAAAGAAAUAAGUAGGGCGCACUGGGGCACAUUGCAGCUCAAUGGGUUAACUAGAGCUCUUAACCCAUUAAGCUGCAGAGCUUCCCCAUUGACAAGUAAAAUUGUCUGGCAUUAGACAAGGAAAAAGAAUAAGUAGGGCACACUGGGGUGCAUUGUGGCUCAAUGGGUUAAUAAAACUUUCAGAAUUUGGUUUUUCGUUUUAUACAUUUUACAAAAAUUUCCUCUGCUGCAGCAAAUUCUAGUGAAAUAUAAAAUUAUAGAUCUAUAUUAGAUCAAAUUAUAAAUAAAAUUAUAGAUCUUAUUCUAGAUCUAAAUAUUUGAAGCAUUGUAACUCAUGACUUUUACUAUCCAAAUAAUGUGAAAUUUUGGGUGCACACUAAUCUCAGCAUCAAAAUUUAAAUUCUGGGUCCAUUUACCGAAAUUCCGACAACUGAUAUUCAAGGGCGGACACUGGUCGAUACCGACAUUACCAUUUGCAUUCAAGCAUUACCCCACCAGGGUUCUGCCCAGGACAAUGAGACUGCCAGGUAUUUGUAUACAUGAAAUAUUUGUAAAUUUCUAAUUAUUACAGUGGUACAGUAGAUGCCAUAAAAUUUAUCGCAGAUGCGAUAAUGUACUCAGAAACAUAAAUUUUAUUUAGAAAUUUCAAAAUGGCAACGAUAAUUUUCAUGUUUACAAAUAUUUCUGGCGUGUUUUUGUGCUGGGCGGAAGAGUCAGUUUUGGUUUGGUGCUGGGCGGUACUAUUAAGUGCUGGGUACUGCCGCCCGCCGCCGCCCACCAUGGGCAGAGCCCCGCCCCACGCCACAAUGAAAAUAAUCCACACUGUGAAAAAUGUGUCCAGGGGGUCAAAGCAAUCGUGCAAUAAGUUUGUGAAUUGGGAUAAAAUGUAUUUAACAGUUGCUAAUUAAGAAUUUACAUUUUUAGGCAUUUUAGUCUACUAACAUGCCUAUGGGCAAUUCUGACAGGAGGUGGACUGGCAUAUGGAAUUUUAUGGUAAACAUUCUUUCUUGUUAUUUGAUGGGUUGGUUUUUAGCCCCUUAUGUAUUGCCCAAUGGGGUAUUCCAGAAAAGAUUGAGACUUCCCCUACAUUAUUGACACGGUAUACUGUAUGAUUAGUGUUGUUUUUUACUCUCAAUUUUAGCAAUGUGCCACUUUUCCCCAGCCUUCUGUUUUGGUACAAACCUCGUGAAAAGGUAUUGUUAUAGCAAUAAUAGCAACUAAAACAUUUAUUUUUCCCUAAAGUUUAUAAAUACAGUGGAUACAUAUUGCAAAUAUAAAUAUAAAUAUUUAAGGAUGCUGGCCACUAGAAAUACGGUAAUCUUUGUGAUUAAAAUUACCUAGUAAACUCCUGUAGAUACAAUUUUAGACAGAUUUAGAUUGAGGAUGUGAAUGUCAAAGACAACUUGAAAAUGGCGUGUUGUGCCCAUGUACGGAUAUGCCACACCAUUUUUACGUCAUCUUUGACGUCUGCGUCCUCAAUUUAAAUCUGUUUAAUAUUAUUAUUUUGAGUGAACAUAAACAAUGUCACAAAUUGAGAACAGAAACAUAAUAAAGACUUAAUAAACCACACAUACUGUAUGUUCUAAACUUGUUAAAUUAAAUUAAUCAAUAUAGAUUUAGGAGACUUUACUUUGCUUACAUUGCGCAGAUCUUAAUUUUUUCAUCAACUGAGUUCCAAAUUUCAGGGCAAUGAAACCUUAUGUUAAAUUUGCCAAAGUUUGUCCUUACUGUUAGUUUGUCUGCUGUUAUUUUUGAGGUAGCGUAUCUAGGCUGGUGCGAUAUAUCAUUAUUUUCGACAAACAUCACUAUUUCAAAUAUAUUCAUUUGAUAUUCAAUUUUUUGCAUAUUGUAAAUAUAGAAAGUUUUAAUGACUGGGAGACAACUUACAGUAAUCUCCUUUAAAAGUGUCAACAGAGUAAGUGUGAUCAGAGAAGAUCACCACCCACACAAGUGACAGUUUAGAGCUUGAAAACAAUAACUGUGUGAUGUGGCACACAAAGUAAUAGUUAAAUAUUGUCAAUUUAACCCAUUAAGCUGCAGAGCUUCCCCAUGCACUGAUGAGUAAAAUCGCCUGGCAUUAGACAAGUAAAAAAUAAUUAGGGCGCACUGGUGUGCAUUGUGGCUCAUUGUGGUUCAGAUAUAAUUUUCUUUGAAAGUAUAUUCAUUAGCUUUGAGCGUGUGUUAUAUAACAUACAAAAGUUCUCCUCUUAAAGUGACAAAGAAUAAAUAAAAUAAUUAUUAUGGAAUGAUUAUAAAUGAUUAUAAUAAUAUGUACUAUUUUCCUAUAUGGAAAUAAAAAGUUCUUUAUUUAAAUAAAAAAAAUCUUUUUGAAUUUGAAAUUCAAAAUUCAAAUUCAAAAAUAAUUUUGAUUUAAAUUGAAAUAAUAAAAAAAAACCCACUUGAAGCAUCAGUAAUGUAUAACAGCUUAGCUUUUUAAACAUUUUUGGAAACCUACAAGUAGAUCUACCAGAAAGUAUAACAGUACCUGACUCUUCCACAGUCCCUAGCUUGCUAUAUUUGCGUUAGUAAGGGAGAAUAUGCUCGUUCUCGGGUUAGGCGUUGACCCAUUUCCAUCAUCCAACACGAGCGAAUGGGAAUGAGUCCGGUACAGUGCUUUUAUUAUGGUUUUUCAAUUUUUUAUAGGCUGAUGACUCGAGUCAAAAUGCAGCUUUGAAUAUUUGUUCUGUAUGUCAGAAAUUAAAAUGUCAAAGGCACAGGUAUGAAUAACAGGAAUGCAGUUUGGCUGAGGGGUGGGGGGGGCGGGGGGUCUAGACAAAGUAUUGCUGUAAUUAGGCCAGUAUUAAUCUAGGGUUUCUGAAUUACCAUUCUCUAGUUAAGUUGGCAAUACCUUUUAAUUGACAAAGUGCGACUAAUCCCAAAUAUGAUUUUUGUAUGUGUAAUAUUUUAUAGGUAAUUUGAAGAAGAAAUAUAAUAUAUCUUUUUAGUAUUUUUGCACAAGUGAACAAAACAAAUCCUACACAGUGAUUGGUCAAAUUUGACAAAUUAAUCUGUUAUAUUCACCUGCACGUGAAUAUAACAAAAUCGAAAUUUUCAAAAUGGCGGCUAGCCGUUUUGUUGAAGUUAGUGAUAAAGAAAUAAGCAAAAUUAAAAUGAAUUCACACCAGAAAAAAAAAACACAAAAAAACUUGUGCAAAAAUACUAAAACAAUUAUUGGCCUCAGGCUCGGUGAUUAUCGGGGAAUAUUCACCUCGACUUUGUCUCGGCGAAUAUUCCCCCAUAAUCACAUCUCGCCUUCGCUGCAUAAUUGUUAAAUAGACCUCAUCUUCAUCAACUUUUUCACUGAACAUUGUCAUGAGAUAAAUUAAAAAUUAGUUUUUCUUUGUAAAAAUUAGUUUUUCAAAUUAGUUUUUGUUGCUCCAAAAAUUCAUCUAAUGACAUAUCUGGAAACCUUGAUAGUGCAGAUAGCCAGAUACAGCCUCAUACCCAGGCUCUUUAGUAAUUAAUAGCGUUCAGAUCCCUGGGCGAGCUUUUAGGCGCACAGAGAAUCUUGGGGAGAUUGCGGCGUUCAAUCCCCGCCCGCCUAGCUCACCCAGAGCUUUGAACGCUAUUAAUAACUAAAGAGCCUUGGUAUGAGGCUGGUGCAGAUACAGAAAAUUGGAUUUGGGGUUUGCUGCAUUUUAAUAGACUAUAAUCAUUAACACUAAAAUGGAAAUCAUGAGUAAAAUAUCUCAUCUUAAUCCUUGGUAUGAAAAAAAUAUGGAUUUUUUUAGAAAUGCAGCAAGUUUACUUGUAGUUUUUAAUACCUGCUUAUUUUUAAACACUUUAGGCCAGAAACAUCUGACAUAGAUUUAGAGGUAACUGAUGACUAAUACUGUAUAUAGAAAACUUUCACGCAUGUUACGUGUAUGUUACCAUGAAGUACUGAGUAACAGGGCCGCAGAGAGGGGGGUAGGGGGACAAAUUGCUCCGAGGUGCUGGGGGCCCCUGAAAAUUUUUUGUUGGGCCCCAGUCUUUUUUGUGUGUUAAAUAUUUCCGCGCAAAGGACAAGAUAUCUGUUUUCUUGGGCUAAGUACCGAAAUUUGGCAUAAAAAAAAUGAGAUAAAGUCGCUGGAAAGCAAUUGCAAUGUACUUGUCCGGAAAAUAUUUUUACUCCGGAAAAAAAUUUUUUACCCCUAAAAUGGUACACUGACCGAAAAAAAUUUGCCCCCCAAAAAAUUUGCCCCGGGCCCCCGCCAACCUCUCGGCAGCCCUGCUGAGUAACAAUCAUGUACACACAGUUUUCAUUUCACUGGAGUUUUUUUCCAAAUCCUUACCAUGGAAAUAGUACAUGGAUCUUCGCUGGACAUAGAAUUUCCGGAAAUCCAAUUUUCAUACUAAUUGCAAUUUCCAUAUAGGCUUGGGCGGUUUUGCUUAAAAUCAAAACCGAAAAACCGUCUGAUCCAAAACCGGAAAACCAGUUUUCCCUUUAAUUUUUACUUCAACUGAAUGAGAAGGAAUUGUGGUAUUUUUUUGACAUAAGCAAACGAACAAUACAUGACAAAAUGCAAAAUUGUGCAUUUAAAACUGUAACCUAAAACGACUUUAGUUUUAAAAUAACAGGGUCAGGAAUGCAUUUGAAAAUUUAUACCUCUUUGGUUCUUACCGACUUUACGGAAAAAGAAUAGAAUUUUUAUUUAGUGCCAUGUAAUUGAGUUUAAUUAGUGUCAUGCUUUGAGAAUUAAGAUCGAGUUUCGGGCGAUGACAGUAAACAAUUAUGUAGUGACGGUUUUCCGGUUUUUGUAAAAGCUAAACCGAAAUAACCCGGUUAAAUUUGGAAAUAAAACCGGUAAAAACCGGUAAACCGCCCACGCCUAUUUCAAUACUAUGAAGAGAUUUUAUAACAAACAUACUUGCAAGGAGGUGAGUCCGGGAUUGGACGCAUCGAGGGUGGCUGGAAGUUUUCCGAUUCGCGAGGUAGGUUCGGGAAACUUCCAGCCACCCGAGGUGCGUCCAUUCCCGGACUCAACGAAACUGCAAGUAUGUUUGGUUUUUAUCACAUGCCAUUUCGGUAAAAACUAAAGUACUAAAGAAUUUACGCAUUUUAGUAUAUAAUUUCUUAAGUUCUUUGUACGUUUGCAUGGCGAUAAAACAUAUAAUAGUUUUGUUUGUGGAAACACCACGUCAGGGGCGUAGGAACCGGGGGGGGGGGGCACGGGGGGCACGUGCUAAAUCCACCUAUUUCUAGUAAACUCUGCCCAGUUGUGUUAUUCACAUAUAUCAACCUCCUCGAGUGUAAAUGUCUCGAAAAUGAAACAGGGAAAAAUGUAAAGAAUGUUAAUAUGCUAUCAAAAAGUUCUUUCCAAUAAAGCUACAGGGUAUCAUUCAAGUUACAUAGUUCUCGUCAUUUUGUGUCCUAGGUCCUCCUACUCUUCGUCUCUUAUUAACAGCUACUGCAUGUAUGUAGAUUGGAGUUGCAAGUUCACAUUGAGUUGGAUAUGUGACGUAUUUAUAUUAUAUUCUGUAGCCUUGGAGAAAUCUCAAGUUAAAUAAAGCAAUAGAUGCUGCCAUUGAACAGGUACUGUACAUACACCCACUUUUAAACAUAUUAAGAUUCUUGUGAUGUUACUCUGAGUGUAUAUCUACACCGGGCAAGCUUUGAAAAAUAUGCCUGUCCACGGUGGGAAUCGAACCUACGACCUUUGGAAUACUAGCCCAAUGCUCUGCCAACUGAGUUCGGUUCGAAUAUGUGAUAUUUCGGAACAGAAUCGUUCCUUCGAUAUCAAUGUACUGUAAUCUAGUAAUAAUGAUAUUUUCUGUGUUGGUGCAAUGUACUCAGGUGAAUAUGAUGCUUGUGAUGUUACUUGCAUCAUAUUAACCUGAGUACAUUGCACCAACACAGAAAAUAUCAUUAUUACUAGAUUACAUUGAUAUCGAAGGAACUAGAUUCUGUUCCGAAAUAUCACAUACUCGAACCGACCUGACCGCGUAGCUCAGUUGGCAGAGCAUUGGGCUAGUAUUCCAAAGGUCGUAGGUUCGAUUCCCACCAUGGCCAGGCAUAUUUUUCAAGCUUGCCCGGUGUGGCUAUACACUCAGAGUAACAUCACAAGUACAUUGCAUUACAUCAUCACUGAGUACAUUGCACCAACACAGAAAAUAUCAUAUUAAGAUUGUCCUUAGAAAUCAUUAGUCACUACAUCAGACUGAUGAUGAUUUUGCGAUAAAAUCGAAUGAUCAAAAACAAAUCCACGUCUUUUUUAGAGGCUGAUUACAUGGGGAGUUUUCAGCCCGGGCUGAAUUUCAACCCGGUUAACCGAGUUGAAAUUUUACAUGGCAAAUUUCAGGCCGGGGAUGAGUUAGAAUUUCAGUUCAAAUCCGGGGGUGAAAAUCUCGGCAUCAACUAUUUCGCUGACGUCAGAAUGACAUUUCAUCAAAACUUUUUUCUUCAAGAUUGGCUUAGAAACAAAUUUGGAGUAGGGUUAGAUUAGGGUUAGAUUAGGGUUAGGGUAAGGAUUUUAGAGUUGGUGUUUGGAGUAUAGGGUUAGUGUUAGUAAAACCGUUGCUUUGUUACGUUUUGUCACUCUUGAGGCCAGCGAAAUAAUCUCUUCCUGAAAUCUCAGCCCGGGCUGAAACGAUCAAGUCUCAUAUUGUAAAUUUAUCGAUACUUUCUUUUCAGUUUUUAGAUCUACUAUUAGAAAAUUAUGUUUACCAUUGGUACAGGUAUUCAGAUAUGAUUGUUGUUGAAAAAACAUUUGCUUCCUCCACAUGCAAAUCGGUUGCAAACGGCAGAGUAUUUUACAGAGCGAGAGAGUGGUAUAGCAGGGGAUUGCAAGGGAUAAUCGGUGCAGGUCAAAAAUAAACUAGAAAUACAUGCAUGCAAGCAAUCCUAGCUCGCCUUUCUUAACAGAUGAAGUAUAUGAAUUCCACAUUAAGUAUUUCAUGAUUAAAACAAUAGUGGUCCCCAUGGUAGCGUGAAAAUAAUAAUAUUGGGAAAUAUUAAUUUUUAACUAAAGAAUAAUUGGUUUUCAAAACCUAGAGUGUAGUUUUUGUGUUUCAAUUGGCUUCAAUUUAAGCUGGGGAAACUGAAAAACUCGUUUUGCCGAAAAAUAGUUUGCUCGAAAAUACGGUGAAAUAUAUUUGCUUUAUACAAGCUUUUACUUGAGUUAGAUUUUGGUCAAGCCAUAUUUGCUGAAUUCCAUAAAUAUUGCCCGACCAAAUUUUCAAAAUGAUAUUGAACUCUGUGGCUUUGUAUUUCCUACCAAAUUUUUUUGCUCGUCAAAGUGUGAACAGUUUAGAAGUUGCCACAAUGCGAGUGUUUUAAACUGCGAGUGUUUUAAAUGGCUUAUAAAACGACCCAUCUUAUGAGUUCAUUGGCAAAGUAAUUUAAAAAAUAAACAUUGUCUAAGCCGAGAAAAUCAAAGCUAAAGUUUAUGUAAAUGAACAUGACUUUUUAUCACAUGUAAAACCAUCGACACAGUAGUAAUUUCCUUUGUCUUUUUCUCGUGAAUUUUUUAAGUUAGUUCCUAUUUGCGCAAUUCCACCGUUUACAAAAGAGUUUUCUGUGGAGGAAGCUCCAAAAACAUUAUAUUUUUUGUAUUUUAAAACUUUGUUGUCCAGAUGUUCUGCCGUCUUUGUCGGCGUGGUUAAUUCGUCGAUUUGAUUGCAGGGAAAAAUUGAGCUCUGAUGAAAGAUUUGUGGAUGAACUUCGAACUACGUUAAGAUUUAUGUUCGCAGUCAUAUAUAGGAGAUUAAAAAAGGUAGGUUUUGCGCAAACCUCUCAUGAAAUGCUUUUAAAUUUGUUUGUUGCUUUUAAACAUGAACUGUCUGUGCCAGUGUAAGUAGUGGCAAUAAUAUGAACACGCUUUCCUUGGUAGGGAUGGAACUACCUGAAAAAUAUAAGCAGAAUUUCGACGUUUCGAGCGCCCCUUCGUCUGGAGUUUCUGCGAAGUCGCCUGGACUUUCUACGAAGGAUCUUCGCUCGAAACGUCGAAAUUCUGCUUAUAUUUUUCAGGUAGUUCCAUCCCUACCAACGAAAGCUUGUUCAUAAUAAUAAUAAACAGGUUAUCAUAAUCGGGACGAGGCGACAUCAGUUUUAUCGCUUUCAGGACGAUAUCAUAAAUGUUCCUUGUUCGCUGCCCUCGUGCACUCGUGACAUAUGAUAUCAUCCCUCAAGCGAUAAAACUGUUAUCGCCCCGCCCCUCAUAUGAUAAUCUAUAUUUGUUCAUUAUAUGCUCUAGCAUUGUUGUAAAGGAAAUUUACCGAGUUUAAGGCUUUAAAUGGUCUACUAAAGUACCUUUUGAAUUCAACGAGCUAAUUUUUGAGGCCAGAAUAUUUAGCAUGAGAAGAGAUUUUGAAAUAUUUCCAAAUCUCAGCAAAUGAUAUGAUACAAUAUAAGUCUUUGUUAAUUGUUUGUUGUAAUUCUGUACAUUGUGCUAAAUCUCGCUUUUUUAUGAUGUUUGUUUCAGAUUGAUGUACCAACUUUAAUUAUCAAUAAACUAGUUAAGAAUGCUUUACAGCAUUUAGAUUCUUAUUUGAAAGUCAGGCGAAAAUUAAGAACAAGUAAGUUUUAAAAUGGAACCGCCGAACCGGUCAUUAUUUAUAGCGGGGGUUGGCACCGAAGAGAAAAGGGUUGGGUAAAAAAAUUUAUUGUCAUUUCCAAAGCAUGCAUGACUCACUAAAGUAUUGAAGACUGAAAAGCAAUGUCAAAAGCAAUGGCUCUUGUAUACAUAUUGUAGAUCGGCAAUCUUCCAUUUUGGCGUGUUCUGUUUCAGAUCCUGACAGUGAUUUUAAAGACGCGACAUCGUUAGUUUUAGAAGAAUUAGGAGAAAAUAUGCACAUAGCUUUACACAGUAGAGCUAGCGAACAGCAGUAUCAGAGACAGCUUGUGGAAUCAUUGCUACCAUUACUGCUGCCUUCAUCUGCAUUGGGUUCCAGGUACGUUUGUGGGCAUAUCUUUGAACAAAACAACAUCCAUGAUUGCAGAAUGACAUGCUGUUGCAAUGGACCAUUUGCAUUAUAGACUAAAUUUUGAUCUUGCGAAAUGUUGUAAAAUGUGGAUAAUAUAGCCUUGCGAAGUUUGCCGUUUUUCAGUCAUUUUGUAUUACGCACGGGAAGUUGACAGCCCAAUCGGGUGUUGGGGCAUCAAUUUCCCGUUUGUAAUACAAAAUGACUGAAAAUUGCAAAUUUCGCAAGGCUAUAUUAUCCGCAUUUUACAACAUUUCGUAACUAAACUUUGGAAUAUUACUAAUUUUGUGAUGCUCUUUCAAGCUGUGAUGAAAUUUUUGUGUAGACUUGUUUAGAUUAAAAUUUAGUCUAUAAUGCAAAUGGUCCAUUUUGUGUGCGAUUUUCUGUAAAAUUUGAGUAAUUCCUCUGAUGGAUCAUUGGAUGUAAAUCUCAACCUUGUUGUUAUUAUCAGAAUUGUUGCAAGCUUGUUCCAACAAGUCCGAUACAGUCAUGAUAUAACAAUAUUGUUACAACCUUGUAACAUUCUUAUACAUGCAUGACUGUAUAUCAGACUUGUUAGAACAACCUUGUAACAAGUCUGAUAAUGCCAUCAAGCGUGUUACAACUUGUUAAUACUGUAGCUUGUUGCAUGCAAACGUGUUACAACAUCUAGGAACAAGCAGGGUUGUACAAGCACAACCUGUAACAAUUAACUUGCGCGUUUUUACGUGUGGAGUGCGAUUUUCAGCUUCUGAUGCAUGAACGAGAGACGAGAUAUGAAUAUUCUGAAUCUUAUAGACUCUCUCAUCUCAACAUUCAUAACUAAUCCACUCGUUCACAUCCAGCACAAGAAGAAAAUCGCGGCAAAAAUUGCAAGUGUAAACGGGCCUUUAGGAAUCGACACCAAACCAAUCCACAAUAUAUCAUGGUAUCCUUGUUAUUAGAGUGUCAAUGUUUUAUAUUCAUUUAGAAGUACACGUGGACUGUUUCGAGAACUGUUGGUGUACGCUGUAUUUACGACAGGAAUAGAUACUCUUGUUGAAGCGGUUUGUACAUUUCAUUACAAAAUUUUUAAGAGGAGAUUUUUUUGCAUGGGCGUACCGGAAGGAAAUAUUUAGGGGGCGGCAAGAUUGUCCGGAACCUACAAAAAUUUGGGAAACAUCACUAAAUUUUCAACAAAAUUUACAGAAUUUGUCCCAUUUAUUUUUUUUUAUUAACCAAAAUUGCCCGACUGUUCAGCGAAUAUUGCCCGACUGCCCAAAAAAGUUUUUUGUAUUUUACGUAACACGCGCUCAAAAUUUUUUGUAUGUAUACAAAUAGAUGUUAUGUAGCGCUCAAAACACGCGCUCAAAAUUUUUUGAGCGCUUAACACGCGCUCAAAAUUUUUUGUAUGUUACGUAACACGCGCUCAAAACUCAUGCGUAUAAUAUUCCACUUGAGGUUAUGACUAAAUUGAAAGUUUUUAUUUUUCGAUACGUUUCUCAAUCGGCAAACAAACUUAAAAAGUAUGUUUAGUGCUUUAUCUGUAAAAUAAUGCUAAAAUGAACAGAUUUUAGAUGAUACGCCAAAGAGAAUAUGAUGCCUGAAGCUCAGUAAGUUUUGCUUAUAUGGCUGUAAAUAUGGCUUCAAUUUUAAAGCAUCAUUGAUAAUAUUGUAUUUUAAUUGACAAUUUUUAACUAUUUUUCAUGUUUCUCAACCGGCAGAUGCAUUUAACUAAAACAAAGUAAUUUUGAGAGGAACGCCAAAAAGAUUUUAGGUUUUGAACGAAAAGUUUCAUUGCAAAUACGUGACAUUGAAAAAAAUUGCCUCGUAAUAUUUACAGUAUGACACUUCCACAGCAGUUGCGACGGGAGAGUGCGUCCCAAGGGAAAAUCUGGCCCCCCUCCCCCACCGAUGUCAUAUACGAGGCUGGUACUUCCAGCGCAAUCAUCUUCAGACUACACGGAUGAAAGAUGGGGUUUUUUGUAUUAAAAUAGAAUUUUCGAAGGAAAACCUAUAUACAUUUUACACCAUGCUCAUAUUUUUUUCCGUGUACGGUUUGCAUGCAUGCAUAAAUAAAGUUAUGGUUCUGUGUCUGAUGUAUAGCAUUCACUAUUCCAGCAUUGACGAUGGCUGUAAAUUACAGUGCUGUAUUACAUUUUUAGGAUUUUGUCAAUCAAAUCCUCUUGGUUUUACUGGAUGAAGAAUCUGUAAGUCGACGUACAUACAUCUUUAUUGAUUCAAAAAGUUACGAUACAUUUUUAAAAAACAAGUACGAUUGUACUCGAUAUUUGAAAAAAGACAAACUAAACAACAACACACUGUUCAACCACACACUUAUUGAGUCCUACACAAUUCAUAUAUUGUCGUUAUUGAUAUGUUUAUUUUAUAGGGAAUCGUGGUUGACAGAUACUAAUUUAGUUAAGCAAUUUAGUACUGACUGCUAAUCUGAUUUGUGACAAUCUUUUUAAAAUUUCUUACACUAAAUAAUUUCACCGUUUCUUUAAUUGUGUUUUUGGUCCGCAAUAUCUGAUAUUAAUCUGAUUUUAAGUCUGAAUGAUUUUUGGUGUAAUUCCUUUACGUUUCCAAAUAUGAUUUUUUGCAUGUGCAUUAUUUGGGUCACUCUAAACCAUCAACUUUUCCGUCGAUAUGAUGUCAUUCAAUGGGGGCAUUUUAAGCAUUUCUUUUUGUUCCAGAUGGAAGAACCGUUAGAACCAUGUUCAGAUGACGUUGAGGCGUUGGCAGAAUUUGCAAAGCCGCGAGGAAAAGCUCCAUUUCAUGUAUGUAUGUUGGCGGCAAUGAAAUCUCGGCUUGUUUGCGUGUUUGUCUUUUGAAACCGUAAUAAUCUAGAAAUCUGGAGUUUAAAAAUCUUUCUUGUUUUUUUUUUCUCCGCAGGCUCUACGUUCAACAAUGCCUCAAAUAAUAAACACACCGUCUGUUUUAUUUCGUUUUAUACAAUUCAUGAAAACACAAGCAUCGUUGAAUAUUUUACAAUUUUGUCUUACAUUAGGUAGGUAAAAUGAACGAGUUAUUUUACUUGCUAUACUCGACGUUUUAUAUAAUACUUUAUUCUGAUCGUUUAAUUGGCUGUUUAUGGUCACGUCAUAGUGUUAUUCUUUAAAUCGAUUUCAAAAUACGAAAUUUCGGCACAUUCCUUGCCAAGAUGGAGGAAAUUGAAGCCGUUAUUGGAUGUCAGUUCCAAUCCCAUUCUAUUGUUUUUGUCCGCGCGGUUAACACGAAGCUGGCUUCACUUUUUAUGGACUCGAGGUCUCGCUCCAGAUACGUAUAUGGAGCUCACUGGCGCGAGUCUACGAAAAUGGCGGGAAAAAUGUCUGCCAACAUAAUAGGGGUAAAAUGAUAGGGUGAGAUACGGAAAAAGAAAAGCAUUUACUAUAGAAAAACGGCUGAUAUAAGCUCGGGAAUUUCACCGGUCGUAUCUUUCUCGUGACAGGAAGUUAUACUGAGUUUACAUUGUCGUGAUUGUCUUUACUAUUUCUAGUCUUUCAAAUACAAGCAGUUGAUACGCGGACGUUUGACCCCGCGGUAUUUCUAAAACAUCCCCUAUGUAUUAUUCCAUUAUCAUGUAUGUUGUGUUUUUACAGAGGAUUUUAACAAACGUAGCCUAGUUCCAGAUUUAACCGACCAUGACGAAAAAGAAUUAUUGAAAGAGGUUUGUUUACCUAUUUUAGUUUAGUUUAGUUUUUCACUCAUUGAUGAGCGGAUUUCCCAACGCCAUAUUGCCCAAUAGACCUAAGUAUGCAUAAUGAUGUCACAAGGCUUGAUGCCCACGAGGAAUACUGGUCUUAGUAGUCAUCGCCUGGGAAAAUUAAACAAUUCAAAAUGGCCACUAUCGAAAUUUUUCCGGGCGAUGACUACUAAGACCAGCAUUCCACGCGGGCAUCAAGCCUUGUGACGUCAUUAUGCAUAAGUGGCAUAAGGUUUAUUGCUAGAGGAUCCGAGAAGACGCGAAAGUCUAACCAUGUACUGAUGUCAAUAGGCAAUGUAUCGGAAGUUUGAAGUGAACGUGCUGCGUGUGCCCAUUAAGCAUCGAUCCCAUGCGAAUCCCCAUGCAUAUUCUACUAAAAUUUGUUGUUAAAGAUAGCACCGACCAGUGCCACUGUUUUCAAAAUAGAGCAUCCAAACUGUUUGCACUUUGACCUUUUCGUUUCCGGUAUUCAUGGCGUGCUAAUAUCACAUUUCAAAUCUACUCCAAAACGUGAUAAAGUUCCAGAACAUUAGCAGGCAGUGGUAUAUAGUAAUUGUAGUACUGUAGUACUGUUUAUCUGGGAAUGCUAAAAAAUUUGCUGUUGUUUAGGCGAAAACGAUAUACAACAAAUAUUUCGUCAAAGACGCUCCAGAUUUUAUACCAUUUGAAACGAGUAUUGUGGAUAGCCUGAGGAAAGGUGUGUGUUGUACAAUCUUUGAUCUUCCUCAAUGCAUGGAUGUUGUCAGAGGUGUAGAACUGAAAGGAUAACAAGGGGGUUCUUUAUAUAAGAUGGGGUGUUAGAAGACGUGAGGGUGACAGGCGUGGAGGGGGGGCAAUAUGAUAAACAUGGAAAGUUACAGUAUUUAUUUUUGGUUCUAGUAAUUCUUCAAUUAGUGUGUUUUGAAGUAAAAGAUUCCGAUGACCGAUAUACAGUACCAAAGCUAUUUCAUGUUGGAACCACAUACAUGACCUAAUAGUAUGAUCAUAGUAAUCAAGUACAGAUCACUAACAUUGCCGCAAAAAAACCCAAUUUUUUAUUUGUUCAUAUGAGAUGGUAAACGUACCAUUUUAAGAUUGACUGACACAGGCUUAGUAUAACUGAUAUUUUGUUGCAGUUGUGCAGUCCUCGUCCGACCAGUUGACAAGGAUUGAAAUGGCGACCCCGCUCUACAGGUAAUAUACAGUACAGAUAGUAAAAUUAUCAACAUGGUCUCUUCAUUUUUAUGAUGCAUGUCCUCAUACGGUCAUACUUAAAUUUAUGAUGUAAAUCAUCAUAUAUAGGUGUUAAUUUUAAAGUUGCAUAUAAUUAAGUGUGCACCACAAGCCUAAGACAACACUUAGCAGGGAAGCUUAGAAGGGAGGUUUUCGUCCCCCCGUCAGGGUGAGGGGUCAGAUGGGUUAGGUGCCUCCAGUUAGGAGGGGUCGGAGUGGGGGGUGGGGUGAGGGUCAGGUUAUCAAAGUGUCUGUAUGAUGAUAUACGUCAUACAUAAAAGUGCACCCGUAUGAUGAUAUACAUCGUAGAUUCAAGGAUGACCGUGUGAUGAUAUACAUCGUACAAAUGAAGAGGAUGUACUAAGAAAUUAUAUCAUUCAGCCAUGGAUGAUGUUAGUGGGUUCGUGGUGGCACAAUAUAUUAAGCGCAUUAGGAAAAUUCUAUGGUACUCGUGUUACAUUUUGAACUCGCUCGACAUGGCGAAGUUCUGUUUAUAUUUUUCUGGUAGUCGUAUCUCCCCACUUGCAUCGACCGUUUUAGAACUAAUAGAGCCAUUGAGCCAUCCAAUAUUGCCCAGAAUCUUCAGUUGUUAUUUCACUAAAGGUUAUGAAUUGUUUUAUGUUGUUCUACACUAGGGCAUACGAACAUGUGUUUGAUCAGUUGGAACACACCUAUCUACCAUUAUUUCACCAAAGUGACGAGGUAUGCUUAUUCAAUUGAAAUAGAAUGAGAUGGUAACAUGAUUGUGAAAUUGUCAAGGAAGCUUUCUGACUGGCCCUUUGUCUUUCAGGUAGUUCAGUUACCGACCACGGGCGGCAGCUUAUAUUACCUGUACUAAUGUUGGUUGUAUAUAUUUUUAGUAUUUUAAUAUGAUUUGUGGGAACAGAGAUCGUGAUAAACCAGCUGUGAAACCAACACAAAGGUAUAAAGAUAAACAAGAAUUUAAAACUUUUUGAUAUGACUUUAUUGAACGGCGUUGCAAAUAAGAUUAGAUUUGACUACCGCUGCCGCCCUUCAUUACUGAUUAAGUACGCAGCCAUGUGAUUGGUUAAUCGGGUAGAUUGAACGUAUCUGAUUGGUUAAUUGUCCCUUAAUGAACCUCACUAAUAAUCCAGCCGGAAUCGGAACUCAGUUUUGGCUACUUAUGGUUAUAUGGGUUAUAUGGUCGGAUGUGAAACAGGUAUACACUUAAAAGAAUGAAGGGCAUGCCUUCAAAAUUUGGAAUAUAUAGUAUCUCUGGUUGUAUGUGGAUAUACUUAAAAUGUAAUGUAAUCUGUUUGCCGAUGGGGUCAUCCAUUCAUUUAAACAGUAGGCGUACGCGAAAACUGUAAGAAUUCCCUUCCCCUAAAUGGAUGACUUCUAUCUUCAUUAUUUAUUCACCAGAGCUCUGAAAAAGAAACUUGAACCAAUUGGCAAGAAGUUAGUGAACAGUUUGAAAGAUAUCUUACCAUUGUCCAAAGGU